CAACUUUGGUCGAGAUGCGUGAACGGUUUGGCAUCCUACUUCUUUGCUUCAAAUGUAUUGUACUCUAUGCAGACGGAGAAACCGAGCGGAAGCUAUGCGAUCUUCAAUACAAUGAUUCUUUGAUAGUGGCACACAUCUCGUGGGCAAGUGAAGAUCGACGCUGUUUGCCACAGUUCUUGAAAGUUGAAUAUCUUGCUAAAAGUUCUUACAUGAUAAUCCCUGAGACGACAUGCAUGCAAGGACCGUACAAUAACUCCGACACUGUUGUUUGCAUUCGAGGACCAGCAGUUGGUGAUUGGCUGCAGGAAGCUGUCAAGAAGAGUCUUCGCACGUCCUUACCCCAAUCUCAGCUUCUUCAAUGCUUUGCGGACGCAUGCUUUCUCAAAAAUCAAUUUAGCCAUGAAGAAUUUCACCAGUCCUCUACGCAUAAUUUCUUUACGUCCACCACAAAUCGCACAGCAUCUGCAAUGACUUAUGAUGAGGCUGUAUUGGAUUAUUUCGAGCGACUUUAUAAUGAAGCCCUGCACUCAAGUGAAGAAUAUGAUGAUGGCGUUCAUCUGUGGGCAAUCAUUUUAACUUCUGUCCUCUUCGCGUUUUUUGCCAUCGUCGCAGCUUACGAAAGCCUUGCGUUGAUGUUUUGUAAGGGGAACGCAGCAGAUUCAAUUUAAAAUUGGUCAGAAUCGUAACAACCAAACACA